GUUGUCAUCGCGCACUUCCUGUGACAAGUUUGAACAAAAUUUUGGAUGAUGUCCAUAUGAUACUGAUAGCUCGCAAGAUACUCCGAUAUACGCCGGAAAACAAAAAAGAACCACUUCAUUAGAAAGAAAAUGCCGCUGAAUCUCUUUGGAAAUAAGUUUUCUCCCAAGAAAACACCACCACGGAGAGCACAGUCAUUAUCAAAUCUACAGUUAGAUGCAACACAGUCCAAGGAGGAGUUUGGACCUGAUGUGGGUCCCAUCAAAGUCAGACUCAGUGGACAGGAAGUUACAUUUGAGAAUGGAAUGUGGGUUCCAGAGACGGGUACUAGUGCAGCUAGUCAUAAAGAAGUGAUGAAACUAAGGAAGGCCAACCAGCAACUACAAGAGGAAAACAACUUACUCAAACUGAAAACAGAUAUACUACUGGAUAUGCUAGCGGAAGCAUCAGCUGUGUCUCAUUACCACGAAAAUGAACUGAAGCAGUUAAAAGCACAAGCUGGGAGAAGAAAAUAACCGAACAUCAAACUGGUAACAGCACAGACGCAGUCACAUAUAUAGGAUGGGAACAGUGGACCAAUGGGGAGCCUGUAGUGUCCUCCAGGGACAUCAGUAUCACAGGGCCGUAGAACUGAGACAGACACAACUUCACUCAUUUGGUAUCUUGUGAACAGAAUCUUUCUACACCAUGUUUCUCAUCACAUAUCUAGUGUAGUCCAGCAAGUGAGGGAUAUUUGUUACGUGUACUUUGGAUAGAAAUAUAAACAAACUUUCACUUGGCAUUUCUAAGCAAUUGCUAUCCGUCCAAAUCUUGUUUGACCCAUGAGUUGUUAAAGGAAGAUUAACUUGGCAAAUGUGUUUGUAUCGUGUGUGAUACAUAUCGGGGCUAACAUUAUACAUGUAAUGCAUGUAUUAAUGUAUUUAACUAUAGGAUAUUUCAGUUGUUUACCAGAGUACAUCAUCCAAUUGAUUGUAAUUCAAGCCAAUGAUAUUUGUUUGGCGGGCGUAUAAUGUUGUGUCUGUGAUAUUUUAAGUUAGUGAGGAAGUGUAACUGCAUGUAUUUAGUUAUACAAACAAUAUUUAUUACAUCCAGAAGUACUGUUAAUUUGGCCUUGUGAUCUGUAUAGACUGUCAUUGGUAACUUAAAAUGUGGUAAAUUAGAUGUUUAAUACAGAUUUGUUUUUUGGUUCAUUUUGAGCACUGUGAAAGAUAUUCUGUAUAUUUUCAAUUCAGUAAUGAUUGACCCUGUACCAUCUUAAUUACAUCAACGGACAUAUAUAUAUGCUUUCUUAACUUAUACUUAAUUUUAAGUCCAAGGACUAAUUAUAUAUUGGAAUUUUGAACUUAAAUCAUGCAAGGAAGAAUGCAGUAAGAUUCUUUUCCAGAAUUUCUCUACUAUUGUCACUAAUUGAAUGGAGAUAUCAACAGUAUUCUUAAUACCACAGUUAUUUCUGUUUAACAACAAUUGAACUAUUGUUUUGUAGAAUCUGACCAUGUCCUCCGUAAGUUUAUUUUUGUGAAUAUAUUUAUAUCAUGACAAAAUAAAAAUGUGAUUUAAUAUAA